CGAGAGAGAGAGACAUCACUCGUCAUAGAAGCUCAUCGGUGUCUAUAGCUAUAGCUACCUACCAAUCGACCAUGUCUGUGACCGCUCGUCGAUUAGCUCGGUUCGCCACGGCUCUGCCCCGAACGGCAACCACCCCGGCCGCCUCGUGUCGACUACUUCGGAUGGCAUCGCCCUCGAUCAGCUCAUCAGCUCGACCGAUAGCAAUCGUCAGCUCCAGCAGGUCGUCAUUGAUAUCUAGGAGAGGCUAUGCUGCGUCGGCGGCUGUGGUCAAGGAAGUUGAAGACGGAACCGAGGCGCCCAAAUGGCCAGAGAGGGUCCUGCCCGAGAUCACCGCCAAGGAUAUCCAACGAUUGAGUCGACAGCGGAACAUCGGAAUCUCGGCACAUAUUGAUUCGGGAAAGACGACUCUGACUGAACGAGUCCUGUUCUACACCGGUCGUAUCCGUGACAUCCAUGAAGUCCGAGGAAGGGACGCCGUCGGAGCCAAGAUGGAUUCCAUGGAACUUGAGCGAGAGAAGGGAAUCACCAUCCAGUCAGCAGCCACCUUUUGCGACUGGAAGGCCAAUGUGCCUCCUGGUGAAAAGGCCUCGGGUGGUCAGAACGAAGAGGCCUGGAAGAAGCGGGACAAGGAGAGUUAUGCCAUCAACAUCAUUGAUACCCCUGGACACGUGGAUUUCACCAUCGAGGUGGAGAGGGCACUGAGGGUGUUGGACGGAGCGGUGUUGGUCUUGUGCGCUGUCAGCGGUGUGCAGUCGCAAACGAUCACUGUCGACCGGCAGAUGAAGCGAUACAACGUUCCUCGAGUCUGUUUCAUCAACAAGAUGGACCGAGCCGGUUCCAACCCGUUCCGCGUCAUCAACCAGCUCCGAACCAAGUUGAGGAUGAACGCUGCGGCUGUCCAAGUGCCAAUCGGUAGCGAGGACAACUUGAAGGGGGUCGUUGACCUGGUCAGGAUGAAGGCCAUCUACAACGAGGGUGUCAAGGGUGUCGACGUGAGGGAAACGGACGAGAUCCCAGCUAAUAUCAAGGACCUCGUCGAUGAGAAGCGAGCCGAGCUGAUCGAACAUAUUGCCGAGGGCGACGACACAUUCGCUGACCUCUUCUUGAACGAGAUGCCCAUCAGCGAAUUCGACAUCGCCUCGGCCAUUCGUCGAGCUACCGUCGCGCUCAAGUUCACCCCGGUCUUUGUUGGAUCAGCUUACAAGAACACGGGUGUGCAACCUCUUUUGGAUGGAGUGUGCUCUUACCUCCCGGACCCGUCCGAGGUUCCCGCUCAGGCUCUGGAUACCACUCUUCCCUCCAACGCCCCGCCUGUUCCCCUGGCACCGGCUACCGUCGCCCCGCUCGUCGGAUUGGCCUUCAAGCUCGAAGAAGGUCGAUACGGUCAAUUGACCUACUUGAGGGUGUACCAGGGUACCUUGAAGCGAGGCGGCUUGAUCUUCAACGCCAGGACCGGGAAGAAGGUCAAGGUCCCCCGAUUGGUGAGGAUGCACAGUGACGAGAUGGAAGACGUCGAGAGCAUCGGUGCGGGCGAGAUUUGUGCGAUGUUUGGUGUCGAGUGUUCCUCUGGGGAUACCUUUACGGAUGGGACGUCCAACUUUUCGAUGACGUCGAUGUACGUGCCGGAGCCCGUCAUCUCGCUCUCGAUCCGACCCGAAGGGAACGAGACCCCCAACUUCUCUCGAGCUCUGAACCGAUUCCAAAAGGAAGACCCCACUUUCAGAGUCCAUGUCGAUUCCGAAUCUCAGGAGACGAUCAUCUCGGGAAUGGGAGAGUUGCACUUGGACAUUUACGUCGAGCGAAUGAAGCGUGAAUACAAUGUCGCCUGUGUGACUGGAAAGCCCCGAGUGGCCUUCAGGGAGACUAUCACCGAACCCGCCAAGUUUGACUACAUUCACAAGAAGCAGAGUGGAGGUGCCGGUCAGUUCGGAAAGGUCAAGGGAUCGAUCGAACCUAUGGAGCCAGAUGAGGACACGGGCAAGGACACUGCGUUCGAGAACCGGAUCAUUGGAGGAAACAUUCCCAACCAGUACAUCCCUGCCAUCGAAAAGGGAUUCAACGAGGCUCUUGGUCGUGGAUUCCUUACCGGCCACUCGAUCAACGGUUGUCGAUUCAUCUUGGAGGACGGAGCUGCGCACGUACAAGAUUCCUCCGAACUAGCUUUCAGGCUCGCCGCUCUGGGUGCCUUUAGGGAGGCUUUCAACAAGGCCAAGCCGGUUAUCCUGGAGCCCAUUAUGGCAGUUGAGGUCGUCGCGCCGGUAGAAUUCCAAGGUACCGUCAUUGGAGCUCUCAAUCAGAGGCGUGGUACCAUUGUCGACACCGAGGUUCGAGACGACGAGUUCACUCUGACCGCCGAGGUCGCGCUGAACGACAUGUUUGGAUAUUCGAGUCAACUGCGAGGAAUGACCCAGGGCAAGGGUGAAUUUACGAUGGAGUACAAGACGCACGCCCCUGUCCUUCCCAACAUCCAAAAAGAAAUGGUCGAGGCAUACCGAAAGAAGCAGUUGAGCAAGUAAGCUCAUUACUAGAAGACUUGAGAUCCAUCUUUUGUAUCGCACGGCGCAUCCCGAGGCUAGAAUCCUCAUCAUCCACCUCUCUUGACGACCUCAUGAACGCCUCGCUUUGAUUGUAUUUCCGGGACUAGCAUAGGCGUGUU